AUGGCUUGUAAGCUACAUCGAGUGAGAUAUUAUAAUCCAAAACCGGUACAAAUAAAUUGUGUCUCAUUUAAUAAGACCAGUAAACGAAUAGCUUUGGCAAGACAAGACGCGUCUAUAGAAAUAUGGGAUUUAAAUUAUGCACCUCUCCUUGUGCAAUGUAUUUCUGGCACGGAAGAUACUUCGGUGGAAGCUCUUGGUUGGGUGCACGACAGGCUUUUAUCAACAGGGCUUGGCGGUGCUCUUAUAGAAUGGGAUCUAGAGAGUCUGAGGAUAAAAUGUUCAGUGAUGCUCACGGGUUAUGCCGCUUGGUGUCUUGAUGUAAACUCGGCAAACACUGUGGUAGCUGUUGGUACAGAACAAGGCUACAUCAACUUAUACUCUGUAGAAAAUAAUGAAAUUGUCUAUAAAAAACUCUUUGACAAACAGGAAGGCAGGAUUAUGUGUUGUAAAUUUGAUAAAACCGGCAACACUCUGGUUACAGGCUCAGUGGACACCAUAAGAGUUUGGAAUGUAGAGAUGGGAUAUGCUACUUGCAGGAUUUCCGUCAACAGAAGGGGCAAAGAGACUAUAGUGUGGUCGUUAGCUGUACUUUCUGAUAACACUGUUGUGUCCGGAGACAGUCAUGGAAGACUUACAUUCUGGGAUGGCAACCUCGGAGAUCAGAUUGAAGCCUACACAACCCACAAGGCUGACAUUCUGUCCAUUGUUGUGUCGGAUGAUGAGAGAAGUCUAUACUGCAGUGGAGUGGAUCCAGUCAUAACCAACUUUGUGAAGGUCAAUAACAGUGCAGGCAAACAGACAUGUGCUCGCUGGGUGAAAAAUGUUCAGAGGAAUAUUCAUGAACAUGAUGUAAGAGCUCUUAUUCUGAACGGUGAGAAAUUAUUAUCAGUUGGAGCCGAUGGAUAUUUGACACUAUCAAGUUACCCACCGAAGUGGGUGAUGAGAAUCCCACCCAUGAUUCCAGCACCAAGAUCAUCAGUUAGCGCUCAUAACAAGUUAUUACUCCUUAGAUACAGCAAUUUUCUUGAAAUAUGGAAAUUGGGUUCGUAUGCCGUCAACAAGAAUGGUAAUGUCACAGUGAAUAGUGUCAAUGUGGAGCCGAGUCUUAAUUCAAGUAACAACCAAUUGGAACAAGAUUCACAAUUCAUAACUCAAGUAGGAAAACACACUCAGAAACAGACUUUAAAACUGACAGAGCAGCCAACACGACUGGUCUCUAUACAAACUAAGGGAAAAAAACAGAUAAGAUGCUGUGAAAUGUCACCGAGUGGAGAAUUGAUUGUAUAUUCAACGGACAGCGAUUUGAGAAUGCUGAAGUUGGAUUGUGAUGAUGAUCAAAGUAAUGUAUCACUAACCAAAGUAUUCAUAAAUGGUCUAUCAUACUGUGAACGGGUUGCCUUCACCACUGACUCGAGGACAUUAGUGGCUUAUAGAGAUGGGACAGUGUACAUAUUACAAGUUGAUCCAGAAUCUGGUGCAACGGUUGUACAGACAUUACCAUGCGAUCAAUAUCUCAAGAUGAAAUCUAUUCUCCAUCUUGUUGUAUCAAAGGAUGUUUCCGGAGAUACAUAUGUAAUUGUAUCUGAUACUCAAGGGAAUAUAGCUGUUUGGGUGAAGAACAGUUCCAAGUUUGAGUACCACGCCUCAUUACCUAGAUACCACUGUUUGCCAUCGGCUAUGUCGAUUGAGGAAUUGUCAAAUAUUCUUAUUAUUGCUUAUGUGGAUCAAAAGAUAAUACAAUAUGAUCUGUGUCGUAAAAAAGUAAUCAAGAAUAAUUUCUAUGACGUUACAAAUUUGAGUGAAAGGACUUGGGCUAUUACUGGAGUGACGUCACAUCCUGUGAGACCAGCGACAAUCUUUUAUGAUGAAAUUUCACUAGCGGUCGUGGAGAAAAAUUUGCAGAACGGAUCUUACGAACCAACGCCAAAGAAGAAGAACAAAAACGAUAAGAAACACAGAUCAAAAAUUAUUCCCUUCAAGUAUUUGGUUGGAUUCCACUGGCUGGGAGACGAUGAGGCUGUGUCUUUGGAAGUCUUACCUGAGAAUAUUAUAUCACAGUUACCGCCGGUAUUGGCUAUGAAGAGACAUUCGUGA